CGCGAAAAACACGUUACUCGCAGUUUCGCGCCAGAUCUGCAGCUCUAGGACGUACACACAAGAAGAGAUAUUCCAGCAACAAUGUCUUCCCCAACAUCGACUCCUGGUGGCCGCAAACGAGGAAGGAACACCAACCCAUCCACCCCCAGCAGCGAGGGCCCCACCUCGCCCCCCUCUCAGCGGCGCAGAGGCCAGGACUCGUCCGCCCUGGACCUGAUGCCGAUGCCCACCUCCCCGGCAACCGACAUGCUCAGUCCAGCAGCACCUCAGGACAAUUCUCUGUUCUCCAGCCCCCGGCCCUCAGUCCCACCCAACGAGGUGGACAUGAGCUCCCCUCUGAUGUACGGGACCCCCAGCUCCAGGGUGGAAGGGACCCCUCGCAGUGGAGUGCGCGGCACCCCAGCCAGACAGCGUCCUGAUCUGGGGUCGGUCAGGAAGGCUCCACAAGUCGAUCUUCAGUCUGAGCCGCCGAGUGCUGACGGUGCCGUAGCCAGCGAGUCAAACGCAGGUCAGCGACUGGUGAUCUGGGGGACUGAUGUCAAUGUUGGGACCUGCAAGGAGAAGUUUCAGAGGUUCCUGCAGAGGUUCAUUGACCUAACCUCCACUGAAGAUGAGAACGCCGGUUUGGACCUGAACGAGCCUUUGUACAUGCAGAAGCUGGAAGAGAUUAGUGUCGUUGGUGAUCCAGUGCUGAAUGUGAAUUGUCUGCAUGUGAAGUCCUUUGAUGCAGAACUGUACAGGCAGCUCAUCUGCUACCCACAGGAAGUCAUCCCGACCUUCGACAUGGCAGUCAACGAGCUUUUCUUCGAGCGUUUCCCAGACUCCAUCCUGGAGUUCCAGAUCCAAGUCCGCCCCUACAACGCCCUGAGAACCAGAAACAUGAGGAGCCUGAACCCAGAAGACAUCGAUCAGCUGAUCACCAUCGGCGGCAUGGUGAUCCGCACCUCACAGCUCAUCCCCGAGAUGCAGGAGGCAUUCUUCCAGUGCCAGGUGUGCGCCUUCAGCACCCGCGUGGAGGUGGAUCGCGGGCGCAUCGCUGAGCCGGCGGUGUGCCGCCACUGCAACACCACCCACAGCCUGGCGCUCGUUCACAAUCGCUCGGUCUUUUCAGACAAACAGAUGAUUAAAAUUCAGGAGUCCCCUGAAGACAUGCCGGCCGGUCAGACGCCUCACACAACUAUCGUGUACGGUCAUAAUGACCUGGUGGACAAGGUGCAGCCAGGAGACCGCAUAAACAUCACCGGUGUCUACAGAGCUGUCCCCAUGCGAGCGAACCCCCGUAUGAGCAACGUGAAGUCCGUGUACAAGACUCACAUCGACGCCAUCCACUUCCGCAAGACGGACGAGAAGCGCCUGCACGGUUUGGACGAGGACGCCGAACAGAAACUCUUCACCGAAGACCGAGUGCAGACCCUGAAGGAGCUGGCAGCCAAGCCAGACGUCUACGAACGCCUCUCCUCCGCCCUCGCACCGAGCAUCUACGAGCACGAGGACAUCAAAAAGGGCAUUCUGCUGCAGCUGUUCGGCGGCACCCGCAAGGACUUCAGCCAGACCGGCCGAGGAAAAUUCCGCGCGGACGUCAACAUCCUGCUCUGCGGAGACCCCGGCACCAGCAAGUCCCAGCUGCUCCAGUACGUCUUCCACCUGGUGCCCCGGGGCCAGUACACGUCGGGGAAGGGCUCCAGCGCCGUGGGCCUCACCGCCUACGUGACGAAGGACCCGGAGACCAGGCAGCUGGUCCUGCAGACCGGCGCUCUGGUGCUGAGCGACAACGGCAUCUGCUGCAUCGACGAGUUCGACAAGAUGAGCGACAGCACGCGGUCGGUGCUGCACGAGGUCAUGGAGCAGCAGACCCUCUCCAUUGCUAAGGCUGGAAUUAUUUGCCAGCUGAACGCUCGGACGUCUGUGUUGGCCGCCGCCAACCCCAUCGAGUCUCAGUGGAACCCCAAAAAAACCACGAUCGAGAACAUUCAGCUGCCUCACACACUACUGUCCAGAUUCGACCUCAUCUUCCUGAUGCUGGAUCCCCAGGACGAGGCGUACGACCGCAGGCUGGCCCACCACCUGGUGUCGCUGUACUACCAGAGCGAGGAGCAGAUCGAGGAAGAGUUCCUCGACAUGGCCGUGUUGAGGGACUACAUCGCGUACGCACGGACGUACAUCCAGCCAAGGCUGAGUGAGGAGGCCAGCCAGGCUCUCAUCGAGGCCUAUGUCGACAUGAGGAAGAUCGGCAGUGGCCGCGGGAUGGUGUCAGCCUACCCCCGACAGCUGGAGUCCCUGAUCCGCCUGGCGGAGGCCCACUCCAAGGUGCGCUUCUCCGAGAAGGUGGAGACCAUCGACGUGGAGGAGGCCAAGCGGCUGCACAGAGAGGCCCUCAAACAGUCGGCCACGGACCCCAGAACAGGAUUCGUUGACAUCUCUAUUCUCACGACGGGUAUGAGCGCCACCGCGCGCAAGCGCAGGGAGGAGAUCGCCCAAGUCCUGAAGAAACUGAUCCAGACCAAAGGAAAGACCCCCACCAUGAAAUACCAGCUGCUGCUUGAUGAUCUCAGAGGACAGUCUGAAACUGCGAUCACUAAGGAGCUGUUUGACGAGGCGCUCCGAGCCCUCGCUGACGAGGAUUACUUGACGGUUACUGGAAAGACCAUCCGUCUCCUCGCCUGAGGCACACCCUGCAAUUAUGUACAGUCCCUUCAUUUUUAAAUCCUAGCUUUUCCUUGUGCUGUAAAAAGUAUUUUGUGUGAUUGAACCACCAUAUGUUUUGCGGGUGUAUUAGAUGUUUGAAUAUCCUGCAGUUUAGAGACGUCUGCAUUCAAACUUUGGUGUCCUGAUGUGGGGGAAAAAGAGAGAAACACAAAUAAUAGAGCUAAUAUUUAAAUGUGCUUGUAUUCCAUUUGUUUACCUAUUUUCAAGUAAUGUUCUUGAUGUUUUGUGUUCUGGUAAAAAAAAAGCUCUUUAGUUCCAACUUGUACAUUGUGAUGACUCUGGGUUAAGUCACUUAUUUCCACAAAAAUUAAUUGUCCCUGUAGCAUUGAGAAAUAAAAUGUUGCUCACUGAAAA